AAGUGGCAUGAUUCUGCUGGUACCAUUGCGUGACAAAGUUGCAAAGACUCGCCACGAAUAGAAAUAUUAUGGAGGAGUAUUGUGCGCAUUGUCUGCUACUGAAAUUAAAGAAAUUGUCAUUUUCUUUGAUGAACAUACUCAGAUGCAUUGUAGAUGCAUUUGUCUUAACUCAUCCUCAAUUUGAUCGCUAAUCAAAAUCACUCUAACCGUUUACAAGCACCAAGUCUUGCAAAAGUAAAAUGGAAAUUUGUGAAAGCCAGGAACUACUAAAGAAGAAGCAGAAUGUUUACGUUUCGUUCACAAAUUGAUGAACGACGACGAGGACUUACAACCCUUAAUAAAAUUCUGGACAAACGAGCCCGUGUUGAUUAUGGUUCGCUCGUUCAAGUUCAACCCACACAAGAUCUUUCGUGUGGCAAAACGUCUCCUGUACUGUUGUACCAAGACAUUUCCCGACCUCCAUUAAUUUAAAUUGACGUAUGCAUAUGCACAGAUCGUUGGAAUCCUAACGACGUUAGCGUCGACGAGGCAAUAGCCGCGGGAAUCCUGUACAUUUAUGAAGCGUCGAAGGACAUAUCCGUUCAGAGAAACGGGGGCAUUUUUGUAAUGGAUGCCGAUGGAAUUGAAUUCUCCCACGUUAAACAAAUAUCGUUUGAUGUGUAUAAAAAACUCAACUGUUUACUAAAUGUGAUGCCACUUAAAUUUGUGGGUUGCGUCAUUAUGAACAGUCGACAAGUCAUGGAGAGGUUGUUUAAUAUUUUGAAAUUUGCAAUACGGGCGCGGAAUAGAAAACUAGUGAGUGGGUUACACGAGUAAAAAAAUAAGUUACCAUAAACUAUGCGUUUGAUCUUAUUUGUAGAUUCAUGUCGUCCAUAAAAAUUCAACACCGCUUCAUGACAUGGUUCCGGACAAAGAGUUGCUCCCAAUUUAUUUGGGGGGAGAGAUCGAAGAUGAGAGUGGAUUCUUACAAGGCGUCGAAGAGGCUGUGAUGCGGGACACAACCCUACCGAGUUUAGUAACAAAUAUCCAAAAUGAGUGCAAAAUGCUUGAUGCACGAUAACGAAUGAAAGUUAUUUAGCAAAGGUUACCAAGAUUAUUUAAAGCGAUUUACAGAAUGCACUUAAAAUUUAUGCACGCACUUUAGUUCUUGUGUUUCAGGAAACCUGUACACAAUAUUUGAAAAUAAGGUAACUAAAAUUUUACCAAAGAUAUUAAUAUUUUUCCGUUUUUUAUGGAAAUAUUGGAUACCAUCAGUGUGCCAACCAUAAAUUUAUAGUAAUUCGUGGUAAAAGUUAAAUACCUAAAUAAAUCAAAUGUAAAUACACUUAAAUAUACUGCACAAUUAUUUCCAGGAAGUGAACCCCAUUCUAAUCUUAGCCACCAUCUAAACCACAAACAUGGAAUAAGAUUUUAUUUAAAGUUUUCCUCUUAUGAACUUGACGGUCACUUUUGCACCAUUCAUACAUAAAUUAUCCUGCAAUGGACAAUGAACUAGUACCAAAUAUGAACAUCUCCGCCAAUUCGACUAACCCCCUAAAACCAAACGUUCUCACAGAAUUUAUAAUUUACGGUGUCUUUUUAAACAUAAUUUCCAUCUUGGGUAUUGCAGGCAACGGGUUGGGUGUACUCGUUUUGUCUCGUUUUACGAAAUCUCCGUUCAAUCUUUUGCUCAUUUCUUUAUCUCUGAGCGACUUGGGGGUGUGUUUGUUUCACAGUUUGUUCGUCGGGGUGCCCGUGUUCCUCUCGUAUCUCAACAUAUCGUGUUCAUGGGACUCGGAGAAUGUUUGGUCGGGUGGCAUCAUUGCGUGGUUGUUCAACCUCGCAUAUUUCGCAUCCAUUAUGUUCACCUUGGUUAUUUCAAUGGAGCGUUUCCUGGCAGUCAGUUGGCCGUUUCAUGCCGCGCAAUGGUUCACCAUGACAACGACAAAGAUCUUGAUUUGUUCCGUGGCGCUGUUUACAGUCUGCGUUAAACUCCCAAUGCUCGUACUUUACAUGGCAACGGAAGAAAAUCCUGCACUCGUUACGGCAGUGAACAUACUCGAUGUUACAUUCGAAUUCGCAAUUCCACUUCCACUAGUCGUCGUUGUAAAUUGCAUCGUGAUAUAUAAGAUAUUUUUCUCACAGAUCAGACGACAAGCAAACCUUGGAAGUUCUGGAUCUGGAGAACGAGCGUCAAAAGCGACAAAAAUCUUACUCGGAAUUGUUUCCAUAUACAUCCCAAACAUAAUUCUUGGGGGUCUCGUGUUCCAUUUUACUCUGAAUUAUCCAGAGUUGGACAAUACGCCAACGUCGUAUAGUUUGCUGGCGACGUUCCGUCUCCUUCUUACGAUUAACUCUGCCAGCAAUUUUGUAAUUUAUUGUGUCUUCGGGAGAGAUUUUCGACAAGCUGUGGGCAACUGCUGCAGAAAAGGAAACACGGGCGAAACCACCACCACCGCUGCUCAGAGUAAUCCUACCAAGGUUGCAAGUAGCCAAGAUGGCGGAGUAUAGUUAUUCAGAUCAGUGCAAAAUAUAUGCAAUUUAUUUGCUUAGUUAUUUUACGACUUUUUGCAAAAAUAUUUACUGUGAAUUUAUCCAGAAUGCAUGAAUUAAACCUUCAUAUUUCGAAAUUAA